AUGUCCAGUUCCCGUCUCUUUACUCCUCUUCGAGUGGGCAAUUGUGACCUGCGCCACAAGCUGGUCCUGUCGCCGAUGACCCGGUUUCGAGCCGACGACGCGGCCGUGCCACUGGCGUUUGUGAAGGACUAUUACGCGCAACGAGCCUCGGUCCCGGGGACACUUCUCAUCACGGAAGCCACGGCUAUCUCUUCGCAGGCCAAAGGGUUUCCCAACGUGCCGGGGAUCUGGACCCGGGAGCAAGUGAAUGCCUGGCGGGAGAUUGUUGACGCCGUCCACGCCAAGGGGUCCUACAUCUGGCUUCAGCUCUGGGCGACCGGACGCUCCGCCGAGACCGAGGUGCUAGAGGCCGCAGGCCACGAGCUGACCUCCAGCAGCGCGGUGCCAGUGGAGCCGGACCAGCCAACACCGCGCGCGCUGACGGAGGCCGAGAUCGAGGGGUAUGUGGAGGAGUACGUGGAGGCGGCGCGGCGGGCGAUGGAGGCGGGGUUCGACGGGGUCGAGCUGCACGGGGCGAAUGGAUUCCUGAUCGACCAAUUCUUCCAGGCAUCCUGCAACCAGCGUACGGAUCGGUGGGGGGGCAGCAUCGAGAACCGCGCCCGUUUCGGACUCGAAGUCACCCGCGCCGUGGUGGCUGCUAUCGGCGCCGACCGCGUCGCCAUGAAGCUCUCGCCCUGGAGCACUUUCCAGGGCAUGGGCACGAUGCCCGAUCUGGUGGACCAGUUCGAGUACAUCAUCGCCCGUCUGCGUGACCUGGACAUCGCCUACCUGCAUCUCGCCAACUCGCGCUGGGUCGAGGACCACACCCAUCCCGACAUCCACAACCUCACCUUCGUCCGCAUGUGGGGCGACCGCAGACCCGUGCUGCUGGCUGGCGGCUAUGACGCUGACUCGGCCAGUCGUGUGGUGGAGGACACCUAUCGUGACUAUCCCAAUGUGGCUGUCGUGUUUGGCCGCCUGUAUAUCUCCAAUCCGGACCUGCCCUACCGGCUCAAACAGGGCAUUCCUCUGCAGCCGUAUGACCGAGACACCUUUUACAUUCCCUUUUCGGACAAGGGCUACCUUGAUUAUCCUUUCAGUAAGGAAUUUCUGGCCGCCACGGAGAUUGGAGCAGUAGUGUAGAGGGAGUCCCCCGGGAAGGGGGUGGGAACGAGGUAGAUGAGGGCAUGUGUCGUCACCGGGGCUUAUGCAUCAAUACGAUGCUUGGAAAUAUGUGAUGUACUAUCUAGGCUGCC